AUGAGUGGGUCGACCACCGACACUUCGAGGACCACAGCAACAGCCGGGUGGCAGAGCAAGCGGAGCCGAUGUAGCGAAUUCGGGAGGAGAUCGACUCCACACAGAGUUUUGUCGAGCGGGAGCACGAGAAGUUCAAUCAGGAGAAGCUCACGGCCGUGA